GUGCCGGCUUGCCACUUAUUCUAAGAUCCGUGGACACUCGUUAACUCAAUGGACAAUACAGCCACUCAGAAUGUCGCAUUCUGUUCUGGGUAAUCCGCUUCGAGCGGUUAUGCCUGGUGCCGCCCCUCGCUGCCGGUCGCUGGCCCCCCGCACCUGGAUAAGACUUCUGCGGGCGCGUGUAUAUUCUGUAUCCUCGACUCGGUAGCUACACAUCGUAUGAUCCGUCCGGCUGUCUUCUCUCAGGCAUCUGCCAUCUUCACCCGAUCAAGUACGCGUUCAUUCUCUACGACUUCAUCCGCAGCCAUGAAGCACCAUUUGAUGAUUGGAACGUGGGUCGCUCCCGGGCGCAUCUACACUGUUCAAUUCGACGAUGAGGCUCUUACCCUGGAGCUGGUCAAGAAGACCGAGAUUCCGGAGGCUGAGCCCAUCUCAUGGAUGACUUUCUCUCACGACAAGAAGACCAUCUAUGGCGCUGCCAUGAAGAAGUGGAACAGCUUCGCUGUGAACAGUCCCACCGACAUUGUUCACCAGGUGUCGCACCCCGUCGCCGGCCACCCUCUGGCUCCCAGCGCCGAGACCAACACCCGCGCCAUUUUCGUCCUCGCCGCCAAGCAAGCCCCCUUCAACGUCUACGGAAACCCCUUCUACAAAUAUGCGGGGUACGGUAACGUCUUCUCUGUGAAGCCCGACGGAGCUCUGGAUGUCAAUGUUCAGAACUACGAGUACCAGGAGAACACCGGUAUCCACGGCAUGGUCUUCGACCCCACUGAGACCUACCUGUACUCGGCCGACCUGACUGCCAACAAGAUCUGGACACACAAGAAGGAUGCGCAAACCGGUCAAUUGGAGCUGGUUGACUGCCUCGAGGCUCCGGCUCCCGGCGACCACCCUCGCUGGGUUGAGAUGCACCACACUGGCAAGUACUUGUACGUGCUGAUGGAGGCUGGCAACCGCCUGGGUGUCUACGUGAUCGAUGAGCGCACCCACAAGCCCGUCUUCACCCACAUUACUUACCCAUUGCUUCCUUCCGGUCUUCCUCCCCGCAAUAAGUACCGCGGUGACGUGACCUUCACCACCAAGAGCGGCGAUUACCUGUUCGCGACCACUCGUUCCAACCACUUCGAUGUGACUGGAUACAUCACUGCUUUCAAGCUCGGCCCCUCCGGUGAGAUCGAGCGCCAGCUCUUCAUCAACCCUACCUCCACCAGCGGUGGUCACUCCAACGCUGUCAGCCCUUGCGAUUUCACCGAUGAGUGGGUUGCCAUCUGUGACGACCAACUCGGCUUCGUUGAGAUGUACCGCUGGCGUGACGAGAAGCUUGCCCGUGUGGCGCGUUGUGACAUCCCGGAGCAGGGCUUCGGCAUGAACGCCAUCUGGUAUGAUUAA